GUUUCCUCGUUGUCUUUGUGAAACUUGGCAGACAGGAUUCAUCAUUUCGCCAGCAGCCCUGGAGUCAUUCACCGCUCACAUGAAGCAACUUGGACAAAAGUUGCAUCUCCUCUCCAGCCUCAUGAAUAUUCAUGUAUAGUGGAUGUCGAUAGACGACCGCUGGCCUUAAAUAGACAGAGCAUCUGAACACCCACUGAAACUCUGAGGAUAAACCUUAACAAGGACUUAUUAGGUUCGUCAACGUUUUACAAACGUAACUACAACUAAUAUGGACACUAUGCAUGAGCUCAUCCCUUUUGCUAAGGAAAUGCUGAGUGCCGGUCCCUCCAAGGGCUCUCUGAAGGUGUAUCUAGUGGGUGGCACGUUCGCUAUCCUGGGAAUGGUGAGCGGCGUGGUCCAGGUGGCCUCUUCUCUCUUCCCUGACCACGAGGAGCCUGACUUUGAGAUGCUGAAGGUGCAGGAGCUCAUACCGGUGAAGCAGCAGGUCCAGGAGCCACAGACCAGCAUCCCUGAAGAUGACGAGAUGGAUGCGGCGAUGGAGGCCAAGGCUAAGGAGCUGCCCAUGAACAGACAGAGGCGGAUGAGUUUCAGAGCUCACGCUUCAUAAGGCUCGUGCCCUGCUGCUGUUAACGCCUACGUGAAGAAAGCUGAGCCAAAACAAAGUUCUGCUUGUGCACUGAGCCGUGAGGAACAUGUCAUGAGGAACCGUAUGGACACAGUUAUUGUUCUGAGAGCUGCAGAGCAGCAGGGAGAGGGAAAUAACGACUUGAUAGUUUACGACUGUUACGUAUGUCUGUUCAGAUGGUGUAAUGAUUUUUUAUCAGAUGAUAACUAUUUAUAAAGGAUGUAUAAAAGUCAUGUGAAGAGUGUGCUAUCUUUUACUGCCAUAAAAUAAAUAUAUAUUUGCUCUGUCACUCAGUUGUAGAUGAUAUUAUGAUUCAUAUUCAUAUGUCUGAUUUAGAGACUUUUCUCUUUUGUGCUUUUGUGGAAUUGAUUUUGAUAUAAAGACAAAUCUAAUAAAUACAA